AUGGUUUCAUCAUUGUCCGGUAAUUGUUCACAUGGCCGAGUCACGUUCGAACGAACGCCCGGACUACGGUUGCCUAGCAACGCUGUCGAGAGCUUCGGCCCUCUGGAGUUCUUGUCCAAGACAUCUCCAACAGCAUGUUACAGGAAAUGCUUAGAAAUCCAGCAAUGCGAAGCGUAUUUCAUAGAUCACGAAGACCAGAAGUGCGUCUUAUUAAGAGCAGGGGCAAGAGCCCUUUCUCUUACCGGGCCCCUCGAGCACAGCAGUGCGUGGAGUUACCACCGGAAGAUCUGCUUGGGAGGAAAAGCAUGCCACAGGCAGUGGGCUUUUGACCGAAUUCCUGGAGUCCAACUUUUUGGAUACGAUGACAAGCCUCUCACAAACGUAGAAUCACGUGACAUAUGUCUUGAAAAGUGUAGCGUGGAGGAUAGUUUUGUGUGUCGGUCAGCCCGAUAUGACCGUCUAAAUAAAACCUGCGUUCUAAGCAGGCACGAUCGAAGAACAGCUCCAGAAGCCUUUCGAAGAUCACUUCAUCAAGUGGAGUACUUGGAAAACCAGUGUAUAACAGAACCAUCCCGUUGCAUGUUUCACCAACAGAACGGACGGACGCUCGUUCCUGGAGGUCACGUGCACGUGCACGGUACGGCCAGCACUCGUGACGAGUGCGAACGAGCUUGCGUACGACACUCGGACUUCACGUGCCGAUCUUUCGAGUUCAAUCCGGACUCGAACCUGUGCCUGCUCAGCCCCGACGACUCGUAUUCCAUAUCGGAGGGGCUUAGGCAACCGAAUGCCCAAGGACGGUAUUUCUAUGAAAGGGGAUCCUGUAUUGAGGUUCAAAUGCACUGUGAAGCCACAUCCAUGACCGCCAUUGUAAAAGUUAUUACACCCUUCAGGGGCCGCCUAUAUGCAUUAGGACACCCAUAUGAAUGUUACGCUGUGUCUGUAAGAGCUAAUGGAGAAGUUGCACUGACAAUGCCACUACAUGGCAGGACGUGUGGGACAAAAAAUCUGGGGAAUGGGACUUUUGUGAACAGCGUAGUUGUCCAACAUCACCCAUUUGUUCUCCGUAGCACAGAUAGGAGAAUAGAUGUGGCCUGUGAUUACGAGGAGGUACAAAGAAAACUCCGAGGAGGCAAACAAGUCCUCGAAGGAGACCUUCUGGGUUUGACUCAAGUAAUUACCGGCUUGGCAGCUACCCCGCCAGUACGGAUGCACGUUGUUAAUGCUUCAGGAUUCGAAAUUCGAGGAGUCGAGUUGGGUGAACAACUUUACCUCAAAGUGGAAAUGCUAGAUGAAUCUGUGUUCGGCAUCUUUGGCAGCGGACUCUUGGCGAGGAGUGGAAAAGGAACUGAGACUGUCAUGCUUAUAGACGACAGGGGGUGUCCAAUUGAACCAGCAAUUUUUCCGGCGUUAUCUAAAGAGGAAGGUUCCAAGUCUCUGGUAGCACCUUUUCAAGCAUUUAAAUUUGCUUCAGAGAGUACAGUUAAAUUUCAGCUAACCGUUUCCUUUUGUUUAGAUCAAUGUUCUUCAGUUAAAUGUGAAGAUGAAAGCACGAAGGAAGUUCAUCAGUCUCACGGCAGACGCAAGCGUUCCAAAGAGCUUCUGGACAGCAAGACCCUGGACUUGCAGUCCGGGGAUGUUGUGACUGAUAUAACCAUGGAAACACCUCUAUUCGUCGUCAAUAACGUUAAACAUCAUCAUCCACAUCAUACUGGCACUCAACCCAAGUUCACCACUACAUCUGAAAGCGUUGAAGCUAUCCAAUUGACAGACAGAGGCCUUUGUCUUACACGACCAGUUUUGUACACAGUGGCGAUCGUUGGUAGCGUUGCGCAAGUGGCUUUCUUUGGUUCUUGCAUUUUACUUUUGAUAUUCGUGCGCAAGUGCCGAAGAAUCAGUCUUCAUCCAGCAGGGUACAUGAGCAGUCGCAGUUCAGCGUCCAGCAAACAAGAACUUUGUCCGAGAUCGUAG